AUGUUGCUGUUGGGGUAUGAGAAACGGGGAGAGAGAAAAGAGGGGAUGAGAAUGAUGGAAGGAAAGAGACGGAGCACACAGAAGUAUCUGGUCAGCGCCGACCGGUCACCAACAGAUAGAAGUGGAUGGGGCCGAAUGCUGACGCGACAAGUGUUCGUGAUAGCGUGGGCGGUGGCGAUGUACGCGAUAUCGCACGCGAAUCGCGACGCAAAUCGUCUUUUCGAGGACUUGCUGGCCGACUACAACAAACUCGUCCGACCUGUCGACAACAAUAGCGAUACGCUCGUCGUCCGCUUUAAGUUGAAACUCAGCCAACUGCUCGACGUGCAUGAGAAGAAUCAAAUCAUGACGACGAAUGUCUGGCUGCAACAUAGUUGGACAGAUUACAAAUUACGGUGGAAUCCUGAUGACUACGGUGGUGUAGACGUCCUCUACGUGCCUUCCGAUACGAUAUGGUUGCCUGAUAUUGUGCUAUAUAAUAACGCUGAUGGAAACUAUCAGGUUACCAUUAUGACUAAAGCUAAGCUUUCUUACAAUGGUACUGUUGAAUGGGCUCCACCAGCUAUUUAUAAGAGUAUGUGCCAAAUAGAUGUCGAGUUUUUUCCCUUCGACCGACAACAAUGUGAAAUGAAAUUUGGCUCUUGGACAUAUGGUGGAUUGGAGGUGGAUUUAAUACAUAAGGAUGAGCAUCUCCAAGAGGAAACCAUUGAGAUUGUCGAAGGCGUUGAUGGCCCUGUACAAGAGUCGGUCUGGAUAGUUAACGAAGGUAUUGAUCUAAGUGAUUAUUACCCCAGCGUCGAAUGGGACAUCCUUAAAGUGCCGGGCAAGCGACACUCUAAACGCUAUCCUUGUUGCGAGAGUCCUUUCAUAGAUAUCACCUAUGAAAUUCAUCUGCGGCGAAAAACGCUCUUUUAUACUGUGAAUCUGAUUUUUCCCUCAGUAGGUAUAAGUUUUCUCACAGCCCUCGUCUUCUAUUUGCCGUCGGACGGAGGGGAAAAAAUAUCGUUAUGUAUCUCCAUCCUCAUCUCCCUUACUGUGUUCUUUCUGUUGUUGGUCGAGAUCAUUCCGUCGACAUCUCUCGUCAUACCUUUGAUAGGUAAAUACCUUCUUUUCACCAUGGUGCUGGUCACUCUCAGUGUAGUUGUCACGGUGGUUACAUUGAAUGUCCAUUACCGAUCGCCAACCACUCACAACAUGCCAGAAUGCGUUCGGCAUUUUUUCAUUGAAGUUCUUCCCAAGUACCUUUUGAUGAAACGACCUCCUCAACCUGGGAAUAAGCAAAAGAAGGACUCGCGGACAACUUUCAGCACACCGCACGGAAACAGUCAAUUCGCGAGCGCAUUGGCUGAACAAAAUAUGGACCUUUUGUCACCAACAUUUCGAACGUCAUUUGCGGCAGGAUCCGCUGAGGAGACAUCGUACUCCUCGUUCCAGCGAGAGGUCUCGCCUGUACGAUCUGCUGUGGAAAGUGUGGCUUAUAUAGCGGAUCACUUAAAGAACGAGGAAGACGACAAACAGGUAAUAGAAGACUGGAAAUACGUCUCAGUGGUGAUGGAUCGGGUAUUUCUGUUGCUGUUCACAUUCGCUUGUGCGCUCGGCACUGUUCUUAUCAUUGCUCGAGCACCUUCGAUUUAUGACACCACGGUACCUCUGGCAUGA